AUGACGUGGUUGGGGUCGCUGUUGCUGUGCGUGGUGCUUGCUGCACGCCUGUGCGAAGGAUCGUUCUCGAUAUUGAGUGAACCGCGGGAGUCCUGUGCCGCCUACCAGGGCAUUGCGGACGCGGCUGACGAGCUGACUGUCAAGGUCGAGGCGGCCAUCACCACCUUCGAUCCGCUGCUUGGGCUCAAGACGAAACUGCAGGAGCUGCUGAGUUCGCUCACGGUGCACCCGUCGUGCAGCGCGAUCACCGGCUCCAGCGGGUUGUACCGCAUCCUGGAGGGUAAUUCCGUGCCCGUGCACUACUUCUGCGAGAUGAGUUUUGCGGGCGGCGGUUGGACGAUGAUGCAGCGUCGCUCGAGCGCCAGCACUAACUUCACGCGCAGCUUUGCCGAGUACCGGGACGGAUUUGGGCACCCGAGUGGAGACUUCUGGCUCGGGCUGAACCGUCUCCACCUGAUCACGCAGGCGUCACAGGUCGAGCUGGCCAUCAUCAUGGAAGCGUACGACGGUACGUCCGCGACGGUGCGCUAUACGAACUUCAAAGUUUCCGAUCUGGCGAACAACUUCCGGCUGACAACGCUGAGCGGGUUCACCGGAGCCGCCGGUAACUCGAUGAGCACGUCCGUCGGCAUGACGUUCUCCACCUUCGACAAGGACACGGACACGAACGCGUUAACGAACUGUGCGAACGUGUGGGGCGGAGGCUGGUGGAUGAGCAACUGUGGAGAUAGCAACCUCAAUGGAUACUAUCGCGGACCCGCACAAACAUCGCUCCCCAAAACGUCGAUGGUGUGGACGGGUUUUAAGGGGGUAACCCAACCAUUGAAAAAGUCCAUCAUGCUGAUUCGAAAAUAUGUACCUUAG